AUGUCGUCUCUGCGCCGGUUGUUGGGAGAUACGGAGAAGAACGUACUGGAGUACGAGAGCAGCGGAGAUGAGAACACCUAUCGCGAAGCGCUCGCAUCAAUUCGAGAACUCCAGCUCCGAGUGGAAAAGCCAGUCGAUCAUGCAAAUAGAGUUCGAUUCCAGGUAAGGUCGUGCUCAGUAAAUGGAGAUCUAGCUUCUGCGACACUGACCAUACGAGAGUAGAUUCUUCAGAAUAUUGCCUUGGUGAUGCUUGCCCAUCUGGGCGUUUUGCAAGCCAUUGUCGGCCAGGAUGGCAAGGCUAUCACAGCGAGGCAAUUGGCGCAGCAAUGUCAGUGCGAAGAAAGAUUGAUCGGUACCUAUUUCUCCGCAGGUCCUUGGAGUGUUCAAAGACACUAGUUGACCCGGUAUGACAGUCCGCCUGAUGCGUAUACUAACCGCAACGGGCAUCUUCACGGAGACAGAUAUCCAGACCUAUCGCUCUACACCACAAGCCGAAGUUCUCGUCCAGAAAGGCCAAAUCGCCGGGAUGAAAUAUCUCCUGACUCUUCACGGCAACAUGGGCUCGGAGAUCUGUCGUUACUUGGAUUCGACGCUAUCCGAGAACAGGCAGCCGCAAUCGGCGCUCCAGUUCGCACAUAACGGCAAGACUCUCUGGCAGCUAUGUGACGAGUACCCGGAACUGCGAAAUCUUUUCAAUGAUUACAUGAAUUCCGCUCGGAGAGGCGGAAAGUCGACGACGUGGUCCUCGCGAUAUCCUCCUUGCACUAAACUUGAGCGUGGGAACUUGGCGACGGGCGAAGGUGCGGUGUUGAUGGUGGAUGUUGGCGCUGGUGCUGGCGGACAAGUAGGGGCGUUUCGGAAGGAGUUCCCGGAUCUGCCAGGGAAGUGCUAUGCUCAAGACUUGCCGGAAACAGUCGAGACAAAUAGUCCGCCGGAAGGUAUAGAGGCUAUGGCUUACGACUUCUUCACGCCGCAGCCACUGAAAGGUAUGACUGCCAUCCACAGUACGUUCAAUGCCAAUCACUUAUGCGAUCCUUCUAGGAGCUCGCUUCUAUCUCAUGCGCUCUGUACUCCACGAUUGGCCAGACGAAGACUGCCACAAGAUCUUGUCGAAUACCAAGCAAGCUAUGGAUCCAGAAUACUCCCGACUGUUGUUGGAUGAAUGGGUCCUGCCAGAAACAGGUGUGGACCUGAAGGCCGCUUGUUUGGAUGUCAAUAUGAUGCUGACGUUCAAUGCGAUGGAACGGAGUCGGUCCCAGUGGAUCAACUUAUUGGACGGGGCUGGGUUUGAGCUUGUCGAAGUGUACGGAACCGAUGGAGGAGGGGAGAGCAUCAUCGAGGCCAAGGUAAAGGGGUGA